AUGAUUAUUGUGUGCUUGUCUGCCGCUCUGUGUCCAGCUCCUGGAAAAGUUGAGAACCUGGUCGCCAUCCGUGUGGCAUCAAAGCUGUACACAGUGUCCUGGACGCCACCCGAAAUACGUAACGGCAUCAUACGAGGAUAUCAACUGGGUCUGGAGCCGAAACGUCUGCUCCAUUGUACAAGAUCUCCGCCUGAACACCUGAUGUUCAAUAUAUCCGGAAACCAGACGGCACGCAAUGUCUCGUUGAUGCCUGCUGCCGAGUACAGUAUUCGUGUGAAAGCACACACUGUUGCUGAUGGACAAUGGGCGACUAUAAGGGUAACAACAUCUGACGAAGUACCCGAGGCUGCCCCCAGGGACGUAAACGUCCCUGACGUCUCUGAUGCGGGCGCUACGGUCACGUGGAAGGAACCGGACUGUGCUCUUAGUCACGGCGCUAUUAAGGGCUACAAACUAAAGCUGAGGAUGAACGCACCGCAGAAAGGACCGGAUCGUGCGUACAACAUCACGGUGACAUCUAUCACCUUCAACGGGCUCAGUCCCUUCACCAACUACAGUUUAGAGCUGUCCGCAUGGAACACAGCAGGGGACGGACCUGCAGUCUUCGCAGUAUUCAGGACAGGACCUUCCGUGCCUAACGCGCCGACGAACCUGACGUCGCACAGCGCAUCGAGCACAUCGAUCGCCAUCUCGUGGCUUCCACCGAAACCGCUUACGGGAACGUUACAGCGUUAUCGUGUAUACUACAGGACGUCAGAACAUGCGGAGUCCACCAUUGACAAGAUUCCUGCACCAGCAUACUGUAAUGCGACAACGCGCUCCGGACGGCAGUGCUUCGCCAUCCAAGACCUCACGCCUAACACUAGAUAUCACGUUUUUGUGACUGCCAAGAACGAGCUCGUUGACCAAUGGAGCAAGCCAAGCAACGAGAUUACUGUGACAACACAAAGUGCUGCUCCUGGAAAAGUUGAGAACCUGGUCGCCAUCCGUGUGGCAUCAAAGCUGUACACAGUGUCCUGGACGCCACCCGAAAUACGUAACGGCAUCAUACGAGGAUAUCAACUGGGUCUGGAGCCGAAACGUCUGCUCCAUUGUACAAGAUCUCCGCCUGAACACCUGAUGUUCAAUAUAUCCGGAAACCAGACGGCACGCAAUGUCUCGUUGAUGCCUGCUGCCGAGUACAGUAUUCGUGUGAAAGCACACACUGUUGCUGAUGGACAAUGGGCGACUAUAAGGGUAACAACAUCUGACGAAGUACCCGAGGCUACCCCCAGGGACGUAAACGUCCCUGACGUCUCUGAUGCGGGCGCUACGGUCACGUGGAAGGAACCGGACUGUGCUCUUAGUCACGGCGCUAUUAAGGGCUACAAACUAAAGCUGAGGAUGAACGCACCGCAGAAAGGACCGGAUCGUGCGUACAACAUCACGGUGACAUCUAUCACCUUCAACGGGCUCAGUCCCUUCACCAACUACAGUUUAGAGCUGUCCGCAUGGAACACAGCAGGGGACGGACCUGCAGUCUUCGCAGUAUUCAGGACAGGACCUUCCGUGCCUAACGCGCCGACGAACCUGACGUCGCACAGCGCAUCGAGCACAUCGAUCGCCAUCUCGUGGCUUCCACCGAAACCGCUUACGGGAACGUUACAGCGUUAUCGUGUAUACUACAGGACGUCAGAACAUGCGGAGUCCACCAUUGACAAGAUUCCUGCACCAGCAUACUGUAAUGCGACAACGCGCUCCGGACGGCAGUGCUUCGCCAUCCAAGACCUCACGCCUAACACUAGAUAUCACGUUUUUGUGACUGCCAAGAACGAGCUCGUUGACCAAUGGAGCAAGCCAAGCAACGAGAUUACUGUGACAACACAAAGUGCUGCUCCUGGAAAAGUUGAGAACCUGGUCGCCAUCCGUGUGGCAUCAAAGCUGUACACAGUGUCCUGGACGCCACCCGAAAUACGUAACGGCAUCAUACGAGGAUAUCAACUGGGUCUGGAGCCGAAACGUCUGCUCCAUUGUACAAGAUCUCCGCCUGAACACCUGAUGUUCAAUAUAUCCGGAAACCAGACGGCACGCAAUGUCUCGUUGAUGCCUGCUGCCGAGUACAGUAUUCGUGUGAAAGCACACACUGUUGCUGAUGGACAAUGGGCGACUAUAAGGGUAACAACAUCUGACGAAGUACCCGAGGCUGCCCCCAGGGACGUAAACGUCCCUGACGUCUCUGAUGCGGGCGCUACGGUCACGUGGAAGGAACCGGACUGUGCUCUUAGUCACGGCGCUAUUAAGGGCUACAAACUAAAGCUGAGGAUGAACGCACCGCAGAAAGGACCGGAUCGUGCGUACAACAUCACGGUGACAUCUAUCACCUUCAACGGGCUCAGUCCCUUCACCAACUACAGUUUAGAGCUGUCCGCAUGGAACACAGCAGGGGACGGACCUGCAGUCUUCGCAGUAUUCAGGACAGGACCUUCCGUGCCUAACGCGCCGACGAACCUGACGUCGCACAGCGCAUCGAGCACAUCGAUCGCCAUCUCGUGGCUUCCACCGAAACCGCUGACGGGAACGUUACAGCGUUAUCGUGUAUACUACAGGACGUCAGAACAUGCGGAGUCCACCAUUGACAAGAUUCCUGCACCAGCAUACUGUAAUGCGACAACGCGCUCCGGACGGCAGUGCUUCGCCAUCCAAGACCUCACGCCUAACACUAGAUAUCACGUUUUUGUGACUGCCAAGAACGAGCUCGUUGACCAAUGGAGCAAGCCAAGCAACGAGAUUACUGUGACAACACAAAGUGCUGCUCCUGGAAAAGUUGAGAACCUGGUCGCCAUCCGUGUGGCAUCAAAGCUGUACACAGUGUCCUGGACGCCACCCGAAAUACGUAACGGCAUCAUACGAGGAUAUCAACUGGGUCUGGAGCCGAAACGUCUGCUCCAUUGUACAAGAUCUCCGCCUGAACACCUGAUGUUCAAUAUAUCCGGAAACCAGACGGCACGCAAUGUCUCGUUGAUGCCUGCUGCCGAGUACAGUAUUCGUGUGAAAGCACACACUGUUGCUGAUGGACAAUGGGCGACUAUAAGGGUAACAACAUCUGACGAAGUACCCGAGGCUGCCCCCAGGGACGUAAACGUCCCUGACGUCUCUGAUGCGGGCGCUACGGUCACGUGGAAGGAACCGGACUGUGCUCUUAGUCACGGCGCUAUUAAGGGCUACAAACUAAAGCUGAGGAUGAACGCACCGCAGAAAGGACCGGAUCGUGCGUACAACAUCACGGUGACAUCUAUCACCUUCAACGGGCUCAGUCCCUUCACCAACUACAGUUUAGAGCUGUCCGCAUGGAACACAGCAGGGGACGGACCUGCAGUCUUCGCAGUAUUCAGGACAGGACCUUCCGUGCCUAACGCGCCGACGAACCUGACGUCGCACAGCGCAUCGAGCACAUCGAUCGCCAUCUCGUGGCUUCCACCGAAACCGCUUACGGGAACGUUACAGCGUUAUCGUGUAUACUACAGGACGUCAGAACAUGCGGAGUCCACCAUUGACAAGAUUCCUGCACCAGCAUACUGUAAUGCGACAACGCGCUCCGGACGGCAGUGCUUCGCCAUCCAAGACCUCACGCCUAACACUAGAUAUCACGUUUUUGUGACUGCCAAGAACGAGCUCGUUGACCAAUGGAGCAAGCCAAGCAACGAGAUUACUGUGACAACACAAAGUGCUGCUCCUGGAAAAGUUGAGAACCUGGUCGCCAUCCGUGUGGCAUCAAAGCUGUACACAGUGUCCUGGACGCCACCCGAAAUACGUAACGGCAUCAUACGAGGAUAUCAACUGGGUCUGGAGCCGAAACGUCUGCUCCAUUGUACAAGAUCUCCGCCUGAACACCUGAUGUUCAAUAUAUCCGGAAACCAGACGGCACGCAAUGUCUCGUUGAUGCCUGCUGCCGAGUACAGUAUUCGUGUGAAAGCACACACUGUUGCUGAUGGACAAUGGGCGACUAUAAGGGUAACAACAUCUGACGAAGUACCCGAGGCUACCCCCAGGGACGUAAACGUCCCUGACGUCUCUGAUGCGGGCGCUACGGUCACGUGGAAGGAACCGGACUGUGCUCUUAGUCACGGCGCUAUUAAGGGCUACAAACUAAAGCUGAGGAUGAACGCACCGCAGAAAGGACCGGAUCGUGCGUACAACAUCACGGUGACAUCUAUCACCUUCAACGGGCUCAGUCCCUUCACCAACUACAGUUUAGAGCUGUCCGCAUGGAACACAGCAGGGGACGGACCUGCAGUCUUCGCAGUAUUCAGGACAGGACCUUCCGUGCCUAACGCGCCGACGAACCUGACGUCGCACAGCGCAUCGAGCACAUCGAUCGCCAUCUCGUGGCUUCCACCGAAACCGCUUACGGGAACGUUACAGCGUUAUCGUGUAUACUACAGGACGUCAGAACAUGCGGAGUCCACCAUUGACAAGAUUCCUGCACCAGCAUACUGUAAUGCGACAACGCGCUCCGGACGGCAGUGCUUCGCCAUCCAAGACCUCACGCCUAACACUAGAUAUCACGUUUUUGUGACUGCCAAGAACGAGCUCGUUGACCAAUGGAGCAAGCCAAGCAACGAGAUUACUGUGACAACACAAAGUGCUGCUCCUGGAAAAGUUGAGAACCUGGUCGCCAUCCGUGUGGCAUCAAAGCUGUACACAGUGUCCUGGACGCCACCCGAAAUACGUAACGGCAUCAUACGAGGAUAUCAACUGGGUCUGGAGCCGAAACGUCUGCUCCAUUGUACAAGAUCUCCGCCUGAACACCUGAUGUUCAAUAUAUCCGGAAACCAGACGGCACGCAAUGUCUCGUUGAUGCCUGCUGCCGAGUACAGUAUUCGUGUGAAAGCACACACUGUUGCUGAUGGACAAUGGGCGACUAUAAGGGUAACAACAUCUGACGAAGUACCCGAGGCUGCCCCCAGGGACGUAAACGUCCCUGACGUCUCUGAUGCGGGCGCUACGGUCACGUGGAAGGAACCGGACUGUGCUCUUAGUCACGGCGCUAUUAAGGGCUACAAACUAAAGCUGAGGAUGAACGCACCGCAGAAAGGACCGGAUCGUGCGUACAACAUCACGGUGACAUCUAUCACCUUCAACGGGCUCAGUCCCUUCACCAACUACAGUUUAGAGCUGUCCGCAUGGAACACAGCAGGGGACGGACCUGCAGUCUUCGCAGUAUUCAGGACAGGACCUUCCGUGCCUAACGCGCCGACGAACCUGACGUCGCACAGCGCAUCGAGCACAUCGAUCGCCAUCUCGUGGCUUCCACCGAAACCGCUGACGGGAACGUUACAGCGUUAUCGUGUAUACUACAGGACGUCAGAACAUGCGGAGUCCACCAUUGACAAGAUUCCUGCACCAGCAUACUGUAAUGCGACAACGCGCUCCGGACGGCAGUGCUUCGCCAUCCAAGACCUCACGCCUAACACUAGAUAUCACGUUUUUGUGACUGCCAAGAACGAGCUCGUUGACCAAUGGAGCAAGCCAAGCAACGAGAUUACUGUGACAACACAAAGUGCUGGUGAGGACCGUUAUCACUUGUCCUUUUAUCCUUUCAGUGCCCAAGAUAGUCUGCUGUAA